CUUGCCUUCCCUUACUUAUAUCGGAGACAAUUUUGCAACUCAAUAUCUGGGUACAAGUCAACAUGGCUAACUAUGCGUCAAGAGACGCUUCCUGCUUCGGCGGCGUCACGUUAGGAGGGAAUCAGGAUCUUCAGGGAUACGUGGACUCUAUUCUUCCAGGGACAUUCAGACCCAGUUUCGGGGAAAUGCUGGACACAAGGCAGUCUUUGAACCUGGACUUGGGAGCAACAAGUCUAUGGCCUGACGACUCCCACGAUGACCUGGAUGCUUGCCUGGACUUCAGCGGAAACAAAGUAGCAAGUUUCUCAUCGGGCGUGGCCUACAAUGACCAGGGUUAUUCGAGUUUGUGUGAUGUUUUGGGAGAGGAAGCAGCUGGAGGUCUUGACCUGUUCGAUGGCCCUCUGUCGCUGGAUUCCGACCAACGCCUUCGGGACUCGCGAAACUCCUUGGGUGCCACUUCGCCCUGUUCCGGCAGAAAGGGAUACCGGCACAGACACACGAGAAAGUAUCUUAGAGACGAGCGCCUCCGGAAGGAGCGGGACCGCGAACUCAACAACGAGGCGUCUGUCCUGUACCGCGAGAGGCAGCGGGCGACGACCUCCAAGAAGGAAAAGCAGUUACAACACUUGCAACAGGAAAACGAUCAGCUUUGCAAAAAACUGGAACUCCUGACCGUGCAGAGCGAUUGGUGCCACGACACGUAUGAGAAAUACAAUGAAUACUUUGCAGGACCUAUAGACGAUACUUUGUAUGAGCUGAGAUGAAUUUCGAUAACUUAGUUAUAACUCCGUACUAUAAUUUAUUGUAACGUGCUACAUUUACACGAUCAAUUAUUUCAGUAUUGUUAUUGUAUUUAUUUCAGCACAGCAGUUAAUCGUAUCAUUAUUAAUAGUAAUAGCAAUCAUAGUUAUAGCAGUCAUCAUUAU